GGCCGCGGAUAUCUCUCUGUGUGGCUCCCAGCCGAGUGCCGACGCGGGGGGGGGGGGGAGCUGUUUGAUGUAGUACGGUCAGGCGGUGGGAGCUGGUGCUGAGGACAGUAUGGCACGGAGAGAGCACGGCCAUUGCUCCACGGAGCGGCCCGAGGUGACGGUAUGAGGCAUCGCAGAGCUCUGACUCCCGGCAGAGGCGAUCAAGUCAUUACUCAGUUUUUCAAAUCAGAUCCAGAUAGAGGAAAAGAUAGAUUAAUCUUGGGGUCACCUCGAAGAGGCGGAGCAGAUGGCACUUCUGUAUUGCAGAAUGCUGAACCUUCUUGCAACCACAAGAAAUCUUCAUUUAAAUCUAAACGAUCUAUUCGUUUGCCCUCAUCACCUCAGAGGAGCCCUGUGCUUGAGGCUUUUAUGAAGGGUGUCUUAAAGUCGGACAAAAGGGAAAACAUGGGAGGUGUAGUUAAAUGCCAGGUAACUCAGCAUCCUGGCUCUCCUCGAGUGAUUGUACGAAGACUGUUUUUACCUUCGAGCCCAUGUCCCUCAGAGGGUGCAGUAGUUCUGGACCAAGGGAAGAACGUUGAACAGCCACCAGACUCUGAAGUAACCUCUGAAACGCAAAGAUUAAGUUCCAAAUGUGAUACAAGUGAAUAUCGAACAACUGCCUUGAGGCAAAGCUCUCUACCAAACCAACGAAUUGUGCCACCGCCAGACUCACGGGAUGUUUUGAACAAAUCUAAUCUUAGAAAACGCUCAGAAAGCACACCGUGUAAUAUGAAACCUCGCUUAUCUCUGAGAAGGUUGCGGCAACAGCAUAGUUCAGCCACUGAUUUCCAGAGUUCCCUUCAAGCCUAUAAAAAGGCGCGAGAGCUACGGAAACUCAAGGGAAUGCAAAAAGGAAACCAUUCUUCAGACAGUCCUUUUUCAGCAGACACUGUAAAUCAGGCCACCUUGAAGAGAACAUAUUCUGUACCUUCAACAUCAUUAACAGGGAAUGACAGCCUUUCUAAACAGAAGGAAUCUGUUCUGAAGCUCAUAACAAAAACCCUACCUUCAGGUUCACUUUCCCUAGAGAAGAGUGUUUGCAGUAAAGAGGCAGUUCAGCGGCACCAUUCCUUUCCUCCAUGUCCUGGUAGGAAAAGCCAAAUGAAUGCCUUAAAAAGAAGUUUUACUGCAAGUUUGCCUGUCUCCCAUUCAAAAGAGAAAAGAAAACGCAAUUCAUCACCUGACAUCAAGAAAAAGAAAAUAGUGUCCCUAUCACAACAUUUAGAUGCGACUUUUCAUAAGAAAAGCUGUGAAAACAGGACCACUGACAAAUACAGCAGUGCUGUGACUGAAACAAGUUGCAAUGGAGUGCUUAAAGAUCACAAUAAUGGUGUAUUGGAAAAUGAGGACUUACCCCUUGAGGCUGAUGAAUUUCCAGAUUCUCACGGUUGCUUACCACUUGAUUCAUUGCUGGAUGAGGAAAUACCGAGGCACAAACCUCCAAGUUCAUAUGUGAAGUUACCUGCAGAGGAGAAGGUGAAGAUUGCUCUAGACAGUGCCAUUUCUUCAAAAGAAAAUCGUUCUGGGCUCCUUGGUAAGCACUGUUUGGUUCCUUUUGACGGCAAAAGAACACAAAGACAUGAAUCUAACUCUUUAAUUGUUUUGCCUUUGGAUGAGAAAAAUAGAUCCUUAUCCUCUCAAGACAAGAAACAGUUGGAGUGGUCCAGUGCUGUCUGCAUAUCGGAUACCAGUAAAGGAAGUGAGAGGAAAUUGAGGGACAGUUAUAACAGCAUGGACAGUGGCGAUGAUGAACAUUGUAAUUUAGACAGUGAUGAAGAUGAAAAUCUGGUGGCUUUGGAUGAUCUCCUAACUUUACGUAACAAGCCUGUAUCCAGUACACCAGAAAAACUUGACAUUUCCCUUCAGUCAUCUGCAGCCAACACACCCACAGGAUUGUUCACUUUCAAAAAUAACAAACAGGCAAAUUAUUCAAACACCUUCGAUCGCCUACUUAAAGAGAAACAGCAAUCUGAGGGUCUGGGGGAAGCACUCAAGGACCUGAAGAAAAAAUUGCAAGAAGAACUUACUGAGGUGCCUGACCUCCACUGUCUGUCUGAGGAAGAUGAAGAACAGGUAACAGAUGAAGACAUGGAUCAAAUUGCGGAGGAGCACAGGGCCUUCUUGAUCAGGUUCUCUGUAAAAUCUGAUGGAAUACCAGACGUACACCCUGGGGAAAAAAUUUUCAAUGUGUUACAUGCUGGAAAACACUUUCAUCAACACAACCUCAGAUUGACACAGAGUGAAUUGACACCUCAAAAUUUUCUGGAAAGGACUCUGAUCAGUUCUGGAAGCAGCCAGCAAGUAUUUUUAUUCACCAACGGGAUCAUAAGCCAAACUUACCAAUCAUCACCAUGUCCGCAGUCAGUUUUAAAGUUCUUAUUUAAGAUGAUGUCUAUUCAUUCAGACUACAUUGCUUCAAUGCACAUUUUCAAAACACUUUGGGAUAUCUGCACUAGUGCUGCUAAUAGAGUAGUCAAGGGUAACAGAAGUAAAUUCAAGGUUUGGACUCCAAGUCUCAAAGACAUAGUUGCAGUCUUUCUCAACUUAGGAGCACAGUUUGGCACUUUAUUUCCAUUGAAGCACCUUCAACCAGACUUCACUGAAGAAGAUAUAUUGUCUGGUCUGCAAAAUAAUAAGGAAAAUUAUCCAGAGGAUAGUGCGCCAGCCUCCCAGAGAGAUCCCAUCUUCGGUUUUCUGCCAGAAUUUGGCAUAAAGAAUGUUAUUAAGUUUCUACAGUUUUGUACUUCGAUUUGCCCUGAAGCAUAUUCUGAUCAAGAAUUAGCAUUGCUGAUAAGCUUACUGGGCAGAAUCAGUCUUGAACGAGAGCUACAGCUGACCCCUUUAAAAGACUUUCAGUGUUUACUGGACAGACUCUUGAACAACAUUAGACAGUGGAACAUAAAGAUGAGCGAGCUCUGCAUGAUUCUAAGUGACUUAUCAGAGCAUCAUCAUAAUCUUUUGUACCUGGUUCAACAGCUGCCAGAUUUCUCGACACGAGGAAGGCAACUAAGGCGGCACCUGAGCAUGGUGAUAAUUUCAAAACUACUUGACAAGAAUUGCCUCUAUGUACCAAAGGAUCCAGAUUUGAAGAUCGCCAGUCUGUGUCGAUUCUUGUACAUGAUGAAACCAUCCUCUUUGUUAAAAACUAUUGAGGAAAUAGCUAAAUCCAAUUGGCAGGGAGACAGAAAAGAAGCUACACUUACAGAACUUGAUCAACAGGCCUAUUACCUGUGCUACAAUCUUUUAGUCUUGGCAAAUGAAGUGCUGCACAUAGAACACAUUCCUCCCAGUGAACGGGGUCACCUUAUACAGCUCUGUGCUGAAAUAGAAAAACACAUUAAGUGCGACAUAAGAGAGGACCCUAAACUACUUUACCGAAGCAAGGUGAAAGAUUUAGAAGCAAGAACUCACGCGAAAUGGCAGGAGUUGCUACAGCGCUCACGACCUCUUCAGGGAAAACUUCAUGACUAUUGGGAACCUAUGUCUGAAGAUCAGAAUCAGCUUAGUCAGUCCUCUGCACUUGAAGAGGAGCUAGAACACUACAGAGUUCAAGAAGUUAAUGACAUUGACAAAGAUUUGGAUAUUGCUUAAUGCAACAUGUAUAAUUUUUUUUUCUUACAAGUUAUGACAAGCCUGUUGAUAUAUAAAAAAAUGUUUAGAUCUUAAUCAGUUGGUGUUCUGGUUUUUGCUCUUAGAUGAGGACCUACACACUGUUUGGUAUAACUAUGAUUAGAAUCUGUUAAAGCAGUUAACAUUUUUGAUAUUUUAGCUUUAUCAAAAGAUUUAUCAAAAAAUAUUUUGUAAUAAUGUUGGAGAUUGAGUUUAUUUAUAUAAUGCAGCUGUGUUUGCAGUGUUUUGUAAGGUCAGUUUUAUUGCUGUACAUAAAAGUUUCCUUCUUUUGUAAUGUUCUCAUUUUUGUUGUACUUGGACAUUGUAAUGAUUGAACCUUCCAAAAUGUACUUGAAAAUGUUACUUUUUGUUUAGCUGUAUGCCAUUUGAAAACCAAACUGGUAGACUGUUUUCGUGUGGAAGUUGCAAUGGAUUCUCAAAUCACUAAAGAAGAAAGCAACAAAUGACAAGCUGCACAUUUAUUACAACUGAGGCUGCAGCUCUCUGUAGCUUGCAAAAUCUCCUGUCUUUACAAAUAAGUUUGCACGUAUUUGCCUCCCACUUUCAUAUUUUGAAGUUGUAGCCUGUACUUUUGGCACACACUUUAAGCUGUUCAUUAAUGUUAAAAUUUUUCAUCUUUCAAUUUUUUUUUUACUUUUUCUGUGAAAUGUUCCGAAAUGUUUUUGUUUAUUUGCACUAGCAAUGCGUAAAGGUGAGUUUAGUAGGAUACAGCAACCUCUUCCAGUGCUACUUUCGACAUGUGUAUAGUAUAAAAGGCCUGUAAAAUGAAUCAAUUGGUAUUAAUAAGUCUGGAUGAUUCAGAUGUCUCAAACCUUUGUGUGAUUUAAUGUGCCACGUGAAUCUUGACUGUGUAUUUCUGCCUUACCCUCUUAAUUUCUAUUAAUUUAUGUGUAAGUUGUGUCUUUAUAAGCUGCCUUCCAUCUUUUUAGAAGCUUCAAAUGAAGAAGAUCUUGUCAUGGGGCAAUUCUGGAAGGCUGUAUGACCAUUGAAGAGUAUUGUAUACUUGGUUUUGUUGUGUAGGAAAUGUUGGAUUAUUCACUACCUGUGUAUUUAUACUUGCUUUCACGACGUACUCGUGCAGGGUGGUAGAAUUCGCUUGUCCUCAGCAUUACAAAACUUUCAACUGGAACUUCCUUAGAAUAACUUUAAGAAGUGAACUAUUAGUGGAUUGACCUAUUUGCCUACCAAAUCUGAACAUUGGUGGAAGUGACAGAGUCUAUCACCAAUACUACUGUCAUGUGUGUUUUAUAAGAAUGGGAUAUGCUGCUUAAUGAAAUGAUGGUUUUCAUGUUGUGAAGAAUACCUGUCCAGAAGGUUUAGUCCAGGUGCUUCUGAGUUGCUGGCAACAGUCUCUAGCUAGCUUGCCUUGUUGAGCUUACAGUUUAGCGAUUAUAUUACUGCACGUGGUUAUGAAAGGUGAAUUUCUCUCUCAAAUCUCCAUAUGACUGGGUACCUGCCAACCUGGGCUCCGCCUCACAAUUAAAUAUGAAAGAUGCAUGACCAAAGGCCCAAUUGGCAUUUGUCUCUGCCAGCUUAUUGGAGGCCUGUUGUACCUUGGUCUUUCGGGACUCUUGGCUGAAUCAUGACAGGAGGGAACCUUUUUUGAGAAAAGUUCUUUUUAUUUUUCUUAAAAGCUCACUCACUCCAGUCUUUGUCCUGGUUCCAGAGACAAGAAGGAAUCAGUGUGAUCUGGAGAAGUUUUAUUGAUUGGUCAUCAAGAGUUGUUCGGUGUGGUUACCUGUUAAGGAGAAUCUUUAUGGUGUGAAAAUGAGCUUGAAGGUCUUAAAUGUUUGAAUUUAAAUUCAGAAUUACUCCAAGUUCAAUAUUUCCAUAAUUCUAUAUUUUAGAUAAAUCAUUUGGAAUAAAUAUUUGUAAUGAGUUAUUAAAUGAUCAAUUUAGUUGGAAAUACAGCAUUAUCCUGAUGUGCUGUAAUGUGAGCAAGAGGAAGACUAGCUCCCCCAGCAUGUAGAAAUACGAGCUGAUUCAUAUGAGUAGUUUUGUAAUCUGGCUUAUCACAUCAGAAUCUUUAACCAAAGAACGUGAUUAAUUUUUCUACUGCUAGUUAAUCUACCUCAGGUCAGUACUGAGCAUUUGGUCAGAACAUUUGUCCUCAGGGCACCUCCUUUUGUAAUUCUGCCACUCUGCACCUUAGACUUCAGAAAUGUGUAAAAAAAACUUGAGUUUUUGUUCUGCUUUAAGGCAAUUGUGUGAUGCAGGAAAUUUGCAUUUUUUACGUAUUUUUUAAUAAGUCCUUUAUUACGAAAACAAUUUUCAUGUUAUUUUGGCAAAAUAAAAUUUCUGGAUUAACGUUUGUUUUUGCACUGCAUUUAAAGCGAUCAUUUUACUGCACCUUGCUGGGUUAAACGCCUGCUUAUUUUACCUUAAGAGUGUACUUUGUAAAGCAUAGAAACCCAUCAUUUAGCCCAAUGAGUCCAUAUCUGUGUUGAACACAAUUUGACUGCACUUCUCUGCAUAUAACACAAGGAAUGUAGCUCCACCGUUUUCUCUCAUGAUUUAUCUAGCUUUACAUUGUA